AUGCAGACCGAGAGCGCGACGAAUGUCCGGACCGUAGCCCAAUCUGCCAACGGCAGGACCGGAGGCAAGGGAUGGAAAUUGCAAAAAACGGCCACCAAACGAUCACAUCUGAUGCCUGGAGUCAAAGCCAAAUCUUGGGACGAACGCAUGCUCAAGCGUACCAAACUCGAGGCGUUGAAAAAAGUCGAGCGGGACAUGAGGGACGAGACGAAGCGGGAGGAAGAGGCGACUCGACAACGGCUCAAAGAGCGAAGAGAGAGGCACGCAGAACGAAAGAGGGAGGAGGAAAUGCGAGCUCGUAUGAGCGCCAAGAAGCUGCAGAGGAUGAAGAAGAGGUUGGGAAGGACCAAGAAGGUCAACGGUUGA